CGCCCUCUGGCGAGCGGUGCUCGCGACGACUCGCUCCCGGUGGGUGGCAGUCGAGACCAUGAACCUCUCGCCUCACGGCUUCGAGCAGUCCCUCGCCUUCCGCCACGCGAGCAGCGAAAUCUACUCUGCGCUCCUGUCUGCCGCUGAUCGGGCGGCCGCCGGCGCCGACGCGGCGGCAUGGGUUCUGGACGAGGACGUCCAGAGCCCGAGCGCGUCCCCGGACACCGCAUCGCCGCGGCGUUCCUCCUUCCCGGCGAUCGAUCACGCCGUGGCGGCGCGGCGGCGGCGUGAGGCGGCGGCCUCCGCCGUGUCGACGCCUCCGCCGCGCAGCCGAUCACGUCGUGGGGAGACGUCACCACGAGACGUCGUCCUCGCCGAUGCGUUCCGCCGUUGGCGCGAGUCGCCACCGUCGCCGUCGCAUCCACUCGCGCUCUCCUGCCUCGCUCGCGCUGCUGCGGCGCGGCAGCCUCGCUCGACGCUGCGCCGCGCCGUCCGCGUGUGGCGGGAGAGGUGCUUCGCGGCGGCGCGUGCGCGGCGGUCAGCGGCGCGGCGCGCGCGCUCGGCGGCGCUGCGCCGCGCGCUCGGCCAGUGGCGGCGGCGCGCCCGUUGGCAGGCAGGCUGGCAACGCCGGUGGAGGUGCAGGGCAGACCGGUGCGGCGGGGAGCGCUGCGUCCACUUGCCGUGCAUGCGCACGCUCGAGCUGCGCGCCGUCUUCCUCGAGGGGGGCAACGCCGCGGUGGGCGACGCGUACCGCCGCCGCCGCAUCCUGUCGGUGGUGCUCUGUGCUUGGUGGAGGGUGGCCGCGAACGUGAGAUGACGGCAAGAGCUGCCCCGCUGAGGCACGGUCCGGCGGCCUUGGUUGCUUUUAUUUUCUCUCUCGGUUUGGCGUUUGGUGCGAGCGCGGCAUGCGGCAUGGCCACUGCCGCACUGGCGGUGUGUGUGCGGUUCGUUUCCUCUCGUUCUCUGCACGCGGCAGAACGGGCUCUUACGUCUAGCGGGGCUAGCGCUUACGCGUCGAGGCUCUAU